UUUGUGAAGCGGAAGCGCUCCAAGCAGUGGUGUGAUGAGAUGUUUGUUCGCUACAAGGCCAUGCAGCGUGUAGAGGAAAUACGAGCGCAGGUGCUGAAGAUGAUGCGACACAGUGGCGUGGAUCCCAAGUCCUGCGACGGGGACGUGGACGCCGUGUGCCGCUGCGUGGCGGCCGGCUUCUUCCCCAACUGCGCGUACCUGCACCACAGCGGCGCGUACCGCACCGUGCGCGGCGACAAGCCGCUGGCCGUACACCCGUCGUCGGUGCUGUACACGGUCAAGCAGCCGCAGUGGGUGUUGUUCUCGGAGGUGGUGCACACGAGCCAGCCGUUCAUGAAGGACCUGACCGUCAUCGACCCGGCCUGGCUUACGGAGCUGGCGCCGCACUUCUACGAGCUCGCCGCCGUCCGGGACUCGUGA